UGCUUAAAACUGCUACGCACAUCAGAGCGUCUUCCUCCAUAAAACGCCACCAUUUCUUUUCUGCAACAGAACAGAGUUGAUCCGUUUCGUCUAAAACAUUCACUCGGUUUUAGAGAGAUGUACAAGAACCAGCUGCAGGAGCUGGCGCAGAGGAGCUGCUUCAGCCUUCCAUCCUACACCUGCAUAAGAGAGGGCCCCGACCACGCGCCGCGAUUCAAAGCCGUCGUCAACUUCAACGGCGAGUCCUUCGAGAGCCCUCACUUCUGCUCCAACCUCCGCCUCGCCGAGCACGCUGCCGCCGAGGCCGCCCUCGCCUCCCUCUCCUCCCGCGGCCCCUCUCAUUCCCUCGCCGCCCGCAUCCUCGAUGAAACAGGGGCUUAUAAGAACCUCCUGCAAGAGAUUGCACAGAGAGUUGGAUCACCAUUGCCUUGCUACACAAUUUGUCGAUCCGGUUUAGGACAUCUACCCGUCUUCACGGGAAUCGUGGAAUUAGCAGGAAUCACGUUUCAGGGAGAACCUGCUAAGAAUAAAAAGCAAGCGGAGAAGAAUGCUGCACUAGCAGCUUGGCUGUCAUUAAAACAAUUGGCACAGAAAGAUGCAGGCUCUUCACUUGAACACGAAAAUAAUGAGGAACAAGAACAGAUAAAAAUAGCAAGGGCCUUGCAGAACUACCGGAUGAAGGAAAGGAUAGGCGUGGCUAACUCAAGGAACAUCACUGUACCAUUUCUACAAAACGAUUCAGUUCCAACUCCUUGUCCCUCUAGUCCACAGCGCCCUCCAAUGUCCGUAUCCAAAAUCCUCCCUUUAUUCUGCCAGAAAACUGCUUCUCGGAGCAGGCCAUCAUCUAUCAUAAACAACACAACAUCUCCCCGUCCGCCAUCACCAGAAGUUGGGACUACACAUACUCAGAGGUAUCCUACUAUUGGGGCAGCUCCUUACAUUCCCGUCAACCAAUACAGGACACCUUACCACGGGAUUGCUCCGCCCGUUACAAUGAGGACAGCAGUGCCAGUUUUCUCAGCACCACCACUUCCACCACCUGCUGCCCAGGUGAUGCAUUGCCGACCAAGUGGAUUAGUCCCACCAGUAUGUAUAAGGCAGGCCGUUCCUGUUUCCUCAGCCCCACCAGCCCUUAAACCACCAUCUGUCUCAGCUGCUGCAGCUGACAGAACUUGUGAUGUUGAUGAAUCUACUGCCAUCAAAUGCUUGGAGCAACACGACACAGCAGAGAGGGCAUUUUGUCAAAGGUGGACCAAAUCUUCCACUUCAAGGACACCAACCCAUCAAAGUAAAUGACCAUUUGAUGGAUCCAACCAAACAAAUAUAUUGGUGGGCCCCGGCCCUGCUCACCUUUGACCCAUUUGGAUUAAGGAGAGAGAGAGAGAAAGAGAGGAAUGUCAAACACUUCCAAGAUAGAUCUGCUAAAGGAUAUGAAAUUAUGGUCAUGGGAUGAACUUUGUUUAAUUCAUCAUGCACCUUUGAUUGUAUUUGUACCUAUGAAUAACUAACUUAUCUUCUCUCUCAUGCCUACUCAAUCUUUGUUCUCUUCACUGUGUGCUUUAUUUUGCCCUUUCUUUUUGCUACCUUCCAAACAUUACAUUUCUAUAUUGAGUUGCAACUUGCAUUGGUUUUGGAAAAAUAUUCAAUGUUUAUUAUUAUUUUA